CUGGGGCUCUGGCUUGCUGCCUCCCUGCAGCCAUGCACUCCCUCGUGUUCCUCUGUGCACAGAAGGUGGUUUCCCACCACUCCACGGUGCGCGGUGCCUUGGAGUUCAUCCCAAAGGAGUUGUAUCCAGUCUUGUUCAAGGCAGCUUUCAUGGACAAGAGGACCCUCGUGCUGCAAGAUCUGGUGCAGACAUGGCCUUUCCCGGUACUCAGUUUCCAGAAGCUUUUGCGGAAGUGUCAGCACUGUGACCGGGCUCUGCUCCAGGAAAAGCCCAACAAGCUGUGUGUGCAGACUGUCAUCCUGGGAGUGGUGACCUAUCUGAAUGAGGCUCUCGAAGACCGACUCCACAGCCAAAGCAGGAGGCAGCGCCUGCAGGUUCUGGACAUGACGGGGCUUCAGGAUGAUGGAAUAGACCAGGGCCCAGAAAGCAUGAGCCUCUGGUCCAGGACCGUGACCCUGGCGAAAGCGUGCAUUGACGUUUCCAAACACCAGAGCAAGUGCACCAAGCGCACCUCGAAGCGGAGGAAGGGCCCCUACAGCAGCUCGGUGGCUCUGCCGCCGCCACAGCCUGUUUCUGUGGAAGUCCACGUGGAUCUCUUUGUGAACAGCACCUCUUAUGGAGUCCUUAAAGAUGCCUUGCAGAACAACGCCAACAGCAUGCUGCGGCUGAAGUGCCGGGACUUCCGGGCUGAGGAGCUGCCCAUUGCAAGUACCGUGGGGCUCCUGGAGUUCCUGGAUCCCACGGGUGUUCGGCAGGUGGAUCUGAGAUUCAAUAACCUGGGGCUGUCUGGCCUGAGGGUGAUUCUCCCGCACAUGGCAAAAUUCACCAACCUGGUCAGCCUGAAGCUGCCCUACAGCAACAUUGAUGUGAGACGGCUCUCAGCGGGGAUGGAAGGAAGCCUCCACUACUUCGCCACUCAGCUCAGUAGAUUGUCCUGUCUCAAGGAGCUGAAUUUGGGCUCCUCCAGGCUUUCCGGAAAGCUAAGGCAACUGCUGGGUGAUUUGCAGGGUCCCUUGGAAAGCCUGGAGCUGGCCUUCUGCUACCUGCUCCCCAAUGACCUCGCCUACCUUUCGCAAAGCCUUCACACCCCCACCCUGAAGAAGCUGGACCUCAGCGGCAACAACUUGUCUGACUCGCUUCUCCAGCCCUUCCAGCAUCUCCUAGAAGAGGCCUCCUCAUCCCUUCUCCACCUGGACAUCAUGGAGUGCCGCCUGAUGGAUAUCCAUCUGGAAUCGCUUCUCCCCGCCCUGUGCCGCUGCUCUCAACUUCGCUACCUGGGGGUGUUUGGCAACCCCCUCUCUACGCGGGGGCUGAAGAACUUGCUGCAGAGGACCAUGGGCCUAUUGUACUUGCAGCUUGUCAUUUACCCCUACCCUGUGGACUGCUACAGUGAGAACCUGCCAUGGCCCCCCACCUCCUCUAACCUCUUGAAUGGUUCUGUGGAUGAAGAGAAGUUUUCCAGGGUGAGCGCUGAGCUGCAACAGAUGCUGCUGACUGCAUGCAGGACCGACUCCGUCUGGACCACGAACUUAUGCAGGCACAAUACCUUAGAUUAUUUUAAUUUGUAGCUCACCAGGAAUGCAAAACGAAGGAGAAAACAAACUGAUAGGGCUGAUCAUUUUUAAUGCCCCUUCAAAGUUGAGCGGUUCAGUGGACGCAGCAACAACACGUUUAUACACUUUUUUUUAACAGCAUCUGUUUAGUGCAUGAAUUCAAAUGGAAGUUCUCUUCUCCCCUUCUGCACCUCCGUUCAGUAAAGCUGCCAGGCUCUAUGCCUCUUUAUCCCUGGCUUAUCCCAGAUAGUGCCGUUGCUAUCCUGUCUUACUGUGCCUAUGACCCGCUUACCCUAUGUAGGUUGUUACAUGCCCCUUACAUGACUUUAGUGUAGCCCUGCAGAAUUCUUAGCAAAGUGUACUAGCCACAGGACAGAUGCAGCAGCCCAACAAUUAGAAGGCCUCUUCUAAAAACACCGAUCCAUUCCUAGCUUCUGAGCAGUCUGCUCUUCUUUCUCUGCAUGGAUUACCUCAUCUGAAAAUCCCUCUCUUCUAAUGUAUCCCAUCAUUCUCUCUCACGUGUGCGUAGGGCUUAGAACUGUUACCAGUCAUGUAGUAGCCAGAGCACUAAACCCACUAGCCAGACAGAUGUGAAAGGUGGGGAGACCUAUAUUUAGGGACAGCUCUCCUAUACUCCUGCUCUGCUUUAUGGCUGCUGCAAGUGGGGUGUCUUGUGCUACUCUGUCCUUCCCCCAGCCUUCACUUUGGAGUCCUCCUGUGAACUGAAUAUUUCCUCCAUCUCUGCUGUUGCAUGGAGCUUUCCUAAGAUGUAACAAAAUAAAAUUGGCUCAGUUCUUAUCCAUUUCACAGCUGCUUGCAGAGUAUAGUAGUGGUGAGACUGACAACACCCCUGUCGGUUUUCAUGCUUCUGCGGGCGCGUGGAAGAUCUGAGUAACAGCAGAGGCAUUGGAGUGGUAUGCAGACUGACUGUUUACACUCCCCUUGUACGCAGAAAGCUUCUUCACAACUAGAAACGUUUUCUUUUUUUAAAUGAGAGGUUAGAUCCUGCAGAAGAUGAUUCAUGCUCCCUGGUAUACUUACCAGCCAUGGGCAUGUGGUAAGUGAGGAUGGGUAAGGAAUGGUGUCCCUAGCCUCUGUUUGUCAGAGGGUGGAGAUGGACGGCAGGAGAGAGAUCACUUGAUCAUUGCCUGUUGGUCCACUCCCUCUGGGACACCUGGCAUUGGCCACUGUCGGUAGACAGGAUACUGGGCUAGAUGGACCUUUGCUCUGACCCGGUACGGCCGUUCUUAUGUUCUUACGUUGUUAAUGUGGAGUUUUUCAGCUUGGUGUAGGGGCUGAGUCUCCCUUCCCCUUCCCUACACUCUCACUUCUUCUCCAUUUGAAGAAUACUUUCUCCUUGGAAAGCCUCGUUACCUGGCCAAAGUAAGUAGUGUUACAGUCACAGCCAAGGCUUAAUUCCUGUUCUCUCCACUGAGACCCAUUUCUCCUCUAGACCUCUUGUCCUCCUCUCCCUAAAAUAUCUCUCUGGCUUGGCACACACCCAGUACUUCAUCUCCCUGGUCGAUCUAUCCACUUGCUCCAACCUCUGUGGGGACAGCUUUUGCUGAUCCCUCUUGGCUUCUUCUCCAUUCAUUUGCUGGUCUCCUAUUGCCUUGAAUAUCAGACUUUUGGUGUAAAAGCCCCUUUGCUUGGAACUCAAACUAGAACUUUUACUAAGUGCUACCAAACAUCCAAUAGGGAACGAUCCUGCAUUAGCUGAGAGGGACGUAAUCU